AUGGUCAGCCCGGCGCGACGGCGCGAGCCGCGGGUCCCGCUGGCGGUCGCCGAUGCGCCGACGCAGCGCUUCUAUGCCGCGGCGCUCUUUGUGGGUGUAGAGGUUUGGAAGUACUCGCGUAUCGCGGCGGUGCACCUGCUGGGUGCGACGCCGCACGCAUACGAGCCCGUGACACUCUUUCGCGCACUGUUGCUCGACUUUGCGCUGCUGUACGCGCUCUGGUGGCUCGCGAUUCCCACCGGCACCGAGGUGGCGGACGCGGCGGUGGCGAAUGCGCGCGCACGCCGCCCGCUCACGGCGGUGCACUACGCCGCGGCGUUUGUCGGCCUCGGCAUCCUCAACGUAGCGCUCCUCGGGCGGGAUACGCACCUCGGCCCCACGGCCUCGGCCGCGCUCUCGACGGUGCUCUCGCCGGUGCUUGCGCUGGCCGGCCUCGAUGCGGAAGUGCACCUUGGCCUCGGCGAGCGCCGCAUGCGUGUGCGCGACGUCGUCCAGCCGUCGGUGCACCUUUCGGGCCAGCACACGAUCCAUAUCCUCCCGUACGGCACUGCGCGCCUCGCACCGGCGCGCGCGUGCCAGUGCCUCGGCACGGACGUGACACUCCCGGUGUACUUUAACCAGACCGUGCCGGCGCUCCUGCAGUACUCGGUCACGGACGUGGUCCGCGGCAACAGGAGCGUCUUCCAGGUCAAGGCGCCCAAGACGCGCACCGUCGCGCCGUCCCCGCCGCCGGGCGACGCGGCGCCCGAUGUCCCGGGGCACGCGCAGGGGCUGUCGCUGCGCGAGCGCAAGUGGCUGCGCCAGGCCGCCAAGGAGCGCGCCAAGAGCGCGCCGGACGCCGAGGUCGUGCACGACCUUGUCCUGUCGCAGCCCGGCCUCGUGCGCCUCGAGGCGGUGCACGACAAGCACGGAAAUGCAGCGCGCCUCACGGCGACCGACGUGCUGCUCGUCGCGUGCCCGGAAGCGUCGUUUGCCGCGCCCCGCCGCGACUAUUGCCCCGGCGACGAGGGCGACUUGUCGGUUGAUGUGCGUGGACUCGCGCCGAUGGAGCUCGUGUAUGCACACACGAGCGACGGCAAGACGUCGCAGCACGUUCUUUCGCAGCUCGCGGACGCAGCGACCGGCGACCGCGUAUCGCAGCGCCUCGGCGCGCUCGAGCGCCUGACGCCUGACGCGCUGCAGUUUGCGCAGGCGACGAGCCUCUCGCUUCCGCUUGCGCUCGACCUGGGCGCGCCUGGGAGCCAGACGUUUGCACUGGCGUCUGUGCGCGAUGCGUGCGGCAAUGUCGCACAGCUCCACGGCACGAGCGAGGUCAAGGUGCAUCCCCGCGCAGCGGCGACGUUCGACGCGCAGGUGUGCACGCCCGGGCGCCCGCUCAAGCUGCUGCGCAACACGAGCGGCGUCGCGCUCCCCAUCACCGUCGGGUCCGACCAGGCGUGGGACGCCGAAGUGCAGUAUACGCCGCGCGACGGCGUGCGCCCAGAGUGGACGCGGUCCCUCUCCAUCGCGGGGCGCGGCGAGGUGCAGGCGACGGCGCCCGGCACGUAUGCGCUUACUGCGCUGCACGGUCCCCACUGUGCCGGCACGAUCGGCGCGCCGUGGACGUGCGAGGUGGUCGACGUCCCCCCGCCCAAGGCAGACAUCCACUUUGAGAGCAUCGAGGACCCGUGUGCGGGGACGGUGGGUGUGAAGGCCUUGUCGGUGCUCGAAGGCGAGCCGCCGUUCCGUCUGACGUACGAGGUGCAGCGCCAGGGCCAGCCCCCCCGGCGCCAGGUGCGUGUCGUGGAGCAGCAGACGCGCGACGAGCUCGAGUUCUGGCCGAGCACCGAAGGGCUCGUCACGUACAAGUUCCUCGCCCUCGACGAUGCCAACUACCGCCAGAUUGCGCUCGACGGCCCGACCUUUACGCAGGUCGUGCACCCCCUCGCCGACGCCGCGUUUACCGCGCGCGGCAACGGCAACGAGGCGGUGGUGCGCUCGUGCGGCAAGGCGCAGGCCGACGCCGAGGUCGCGCUCAGCGGCCAUGGGCCGUGGGAGCUGACCUACUCGGUGCGCGGCGGCAAAGCGUCCGAGCAGCGCACGGUGCACAUUGACGCGCCGAAGCACACGCUGCACGUCGACCUGCCGCCCGACGUGCAGAAGAAUGCGCGCGCCACCAUCUCGCUCGAGCGCCUGCGCGACGGCAAGGGCUGCGAGCGGCGCCUCGCGACGCGCGAUCUGCGCAUCGACGUGAGCCACACACGGCCCACGAUUGGUUUCUUGCCGGGCGGCGACGUCCCCCGUGUGUACUCUGUGCGCGACGGCGCGACGGCGCGCCUGCCGCUGCGCCUCGCCGGCGACGCGCCGUGGCGUGUCUCGUAUACCCACCGCAGCGCGCCGGACGCUGCGCCGGCGUGGCACGAGGUCGUGGUAAACAGUGCCAACGACUUCCUCGACGUCACCAAGCCCGGCCUGUACACGCUGCAGACGCUGCGCGACGCGCACUGCGAGGGCGACGUCCUCUCGCCGCAGCACACCUUUAAUGUGACCGUGCGUCCCCGGCCGCAGGCGGCGUUUGGGCUCGCGGCCGGCCGCGUCGCGUCGAACGGCAGCACGCUGCGCGAGGCCGUGUGCAUCGGCACGCAAGACGCGGCGCCGAUGCAGCUCCAGGGCUACGCGCCGGUGACGGUGCGCUACCUGCACCAUGCGCCUGGGCGCGCGGGCGACGCACGCACCUUUGCCACGAGCCAGACCGCGCCGCCGCUUACGCUCGCGACCGACGCGGCAGGUUGGCACACGUACGAGAUCACCGACGUGGGCGACGCGCUGUACAGCUCGGCAGGGAUCAGCGCCGGCAUUGGGCCGCAGCGCCUCGAGCAGAUGGUCUAUCCCCAGGCGCACGCCGCGUUUGCCUCGCAAAAAGUGUCGACGGCCUUUUGCGUGGGCGACACGCUGCACGGCGCGCUGCCUGCGGUCGAGCUGCAGGGCACGCCGCCCUUUACGCUCGGCCUCUCGCUGCGCCCUGCCGCGACGAGCGCGCAGCCCACACACGCCGCGCUCGCGUACACCUUUACGCGCGUCGUCUCCGGCCAAAAGUACACGCCGCGCCUCGAGAGCGACGAGUUUGUCUUUGGCGCGAGCGGCGCGUGGACCUUGUCGCUGGACCACGUGAGCGAUGUGCACGGAUGCCGUGCGUCGCUGCGCAGUGCCCCCCUUGCGCUCGAGGUGGUGGAGACGGCUGGCAUUGCGCCUGCGUCUGCGCGCACAGACUACUGUGUGGGCGAAGAGAUUGACUACAUGCUGCAAGGCAUGUCGCCGUGGACGGUGCGCUACUCGUUCAACGGCAAGGAGCUGCGUGCGACGUCGCGCACGGCCGAGUUCUCGCGCACGGCCGACGAGCCGGGUGUGCUGGUGAUGCACUCGGCGGCGCACCAGCAGAACCAGUGCCGCAGCACGCGCGCGGCGACCUCGGCGCGGAUCCACGCGCUGCCGAGUGCGCAAGUGUCCAGUGGCAAGCACCGUGUCGAGUCGCUGCAUCAGGGCCGCCACGCGGAAAUCAUCUUUACACUGCGUGGCGAGCCGCCGUUUGCGUUUACGUACCAGCGUACGGAGCCUGUCGACAUGCAUACCCACCCCAAGGUCCUCGAGACGCACACCGUGGAGCGUGUGGACGGCACCGAGUACCGUAUCCAAACCACGCAGGAAGGCACCUGGUCCGUGGUCUGGAUCCAGGACCAGUGGUGCCAAGUGUCGCUGGGCGAGGCGAGUGGGCCAUCGACGUGGCGUGCGUAG